CCAAAUGCCACGGUUGUUCUGUCGCAAAGCGACCCCUUGGUUUUUUAUCUUGCUCCAGCGCCGCAAUAUCACGUUUUACUCCCUCCGACUCUUUCCCUGUAGAAAAAACCCUAGCGAUCGGAGCGGCGCAGACGAAGAAGUUACCCAGAAGCGAUGGAGGACGAAUCGCGUGUGGAGGACCUUCCUCACCAGCCUUCCGUCGUUGACGACGGUGUCACCGAGGAUUGGAGUAAGGAGGAGGAUGAUCCUGUGGCAGAGGACCACCCUCCCUCAGCUGCCGCCACUGACCUGGCAGAUCCUCAAUCUGAAGACACAACAGCAGAAAUUCAGACUGUUAUUCAAUCAUUACAGCUGGAAACGGGAGUGAAAGAUAAGAAGGCGACUACAGAUGAGGAAGCUGAAGAACUUGACGACAAAGAAGAAAACAAGAAGAGACACUUAAAUGUCGUGUUCAUUGGUCAUGUUGAUGCUGGUAAAUCAACAGCUGGUGGUCAAAUUCUUUUACUCAGUGGUCAAGUUGAUGAACGAGCAAUUCAGAAGUAUGAAAAAGAGGCCAAGGAUAAAAAUCGAGACAGUUGGUAUAUGGCUUAUAUCAUGGACACCAAUGAGGAGGAGCGUGUAAAGGGAAUAACUGUGGAGGUUGGUAGAGCACAUUUUGAAACAGAGAAUACAAGGUUUACAGUUUUGGAUGCCCCGGGCCAUAAAAGUUAUGUUCCCAACAUGAUAAGUGGUGCAUCUCAAGCUGAUGUUGGUGUUUUGGUAAUAUCUGCUCGGAAAGGCGAAUUUGAAACUGGGUAUGAGAAAGGUGGACAAACUCGUGAACAUGUCCAGCUUGCAAAGACAUUAGGUGUUUCUAAAUUGGUUAUCGUUGUCAACAAAAUGGACGAUCCAACCGUGAGAUGGUCAAAAGAAAGGUUUGAUGAAAUAGAGUCCAAGAUGGUACCUUUUCUCAAAUCCUCUGGUUAUAAUGUAAAGAAAGAUGUUCAGUUUCUUCCUAUCUCUGCUUUGCUUGGUGCAAACAUGAAAAUCAGAAUGGAGAAAAGCAUUUGUGAUUGGUGGUCUGGACCUUGUCUCUUUGAAGUACUUGAUGCUAUUGAAAUUCCUCCUCGAGAUCCUAAAGGUCCUGUUAGGAUGCCAAUUAUUGAUAAAUACAAAGACAUGGGAACUGUAGUGAUGGGGAAACUUGAGUCAGGCAGCAUCAAUGAAGGAGACAACUUAUUCGUAAUGCCAAAUAAGGCUAGUGUUAAAGUACUUUCUAUAAUCUGUGAUGAAAAGAAAGUCAGACGAGCUGGACCUGGUGAGAAUGUCAAAGUGAAAUUGGCAGGUGUUGAAGAAGAGGAUAUUUUAGCUGGCUUUGUUCUUUCAAGUGUUGCAAAGCCAAUAGGUGCUUUCUAUGAAUUUAAUGCUCAGUUGCAGAUUCUUGAGUUGCUUGACAAUGCAAUUUUUACUGCUGGAUACAAGGCGGUGUUGCACAUUCAUUCAAUUGUUGAGGAGUGUGAGGUCAUAGAUCUUCUUGAGGAAAUCGAUACAAAAAGAAGGAAAGAAGAAGAUCCUAGAAAGAAGGCCAAGGCCAAGAGGAAGCCACUUUUUGUUAAGAAUGGUGCUGUUGUUGUCUGCCGCAUUCAGGUUACCAACUUAAUAUGUAUUGAAAACUUUUCUGAUUUUGCUCAACUUGGGAGGUUCACGCUCCGUACCGAAGGGAAAACAGUAGCAGUUGGGAAAGUAGUUGCACUUCCACCAGCGGGAAGCGUCACAUUUGCAUAGUUGCUCAUGGCUCCAUCUUUCCACCAGGCUUUUCUUAUGCCAUUUGUUCAUUCACAUGGAAUCUUUUUGCUAUACAAGUUAAUUUGUGAAGUUUAAACUCCGCAUAUCAAAUUUUUAGAUUCUUUCAUGGCAAGAAAAGUAGGAGAGUUCAUACAAAGUUUUGUUCCUGAUCAGUAGACUAUAGAACAAGCGCCGCCUUCAACUCAUGAACGAGGUGUCUGCAACCUGAGUGACAAGUGAAAUAAGAACUCUAAUGUAUCUUAAAUGGUCAGAGGUUAUGCAGUUGAUGAACCAAAGGUUAUCUUGGGAAGACAUGACAUUCAUGUCUGGGGAGGAUUGCAUCUAUCAUGGUUAUGAAUUAUUUUUUGUUUUUCGACAUUAGCAUUUGUUCUACCGACAUUAUGGUUACUGAUGAGAUAAAUUCGUGUAACUAAACUUUAAGUAUAACGAACUUAUAUAUUUCAUUUUUGUUCGGCCUU